AUGACAGCAACCAUAUCAAGACUCCUCAGCACAGGAGACUCUACUUGUGAUAAAGUGUUGAUUCCUAAUAUGAUCACAGGAUUUUCUUAUGCUUAUCUCAAUCAAUCAAAUCUGCAGAAUUUUACUAUGCACAGCAAAAAAGAGUCAGGAAUUUUGGGCCCCACACAGGGCUCCUCAAGUUUUAGUAUAGGUGGAUCAGAGCUAGUCACAGUUGAUUUAGACCCAAAAUUUUCUUUGACAUGGAUUAUGACAGCUACUGAAAUUACUUUUACUUUUUUAUGCAAUUUUGAUGGGUGAUGCGGCAUAGGAUUUGGAGAAUCAAUGCUUAAUACAGACAUGAUUAUUGUUAUGAGGGUUAAUGGAAAAUUCCAAGCUUGGGAUACGUGAAGCACAUCAUUCGCUGCCCCUGAAAAAGAUGAAAGCGUCAGUGGGUGCAAAAAUGAUAUUGAAUUAGUCAGUUCAAUAUGAAAUAAUGGGACCAUGCAAGUUGUAAUGACGAGAAAAUUGAGCACUGAGGACAACAAAUGUGACCUAGAGUUAGCACCGAAUAUGAUUACUGGGUUUUGCUUUGGAUAUUUAGUGCAAACCGAUUUAAGUAGCUUUGGAGAACAUAAUGUUGUAGGAAGCGGAACACUAAAACUAGGGACUUCGCAAUCAGAUUCCUAUUUUCACGGUGAGGCUUCUUCACUAUUCGGAGAUCCUUAUGAAAAUCAUGGAAUAGAAAUGACUGUAAUAUGGCUUUGCACUGCACAAAUUGGAAUCAUGACCAUGCGCUACUUGAAGUGAUGAAGGCUUUCGGUUUUUUUUCCAUUUCACUGCGUGUAUGGCUUGUGUGUGUUUUACAGUAGGGUCUGUAUAUCAGACCUAUAA